AGAUUCGGGACGCAGUGAGGAUCAGCUGAUGUCGGAGCUGCUGGAUGUUUCUGACAAACAUCAGGUGCUGAAGACGAACAGAUACAGACAUGAUCCCCUAUUCUCCCUGAGAAACGGACCAAUCAGCAGUCAGGAUGAUGCCCAAGCAGCUGGCUCAGACGUCCCCAGGAAGCGUGUUGUCGCUGAGAGGCUCCGGCAUCCCAGGAUCCCCUGCUGCCGCCAUCGUGGCCCGAGUGGAGGAUGGGGUUAUCGGCUACAAGGACUUGGCGGCGUUGCCGAGAGACAAAGCCAUUCUGGACAUCGAGCGACCAGACCUGAUGAUCUACCAGUCGCAGUACAGCUACAGUCCACUAGAGAGGUCUUUGUCUCCUCGCUCCAUCUCCCCUCCUCCCUCCCCAGAGAGCCUGCCCAAGGAUUGGCUGGAGAACCGUUCCCCUGGAGGUUCCUCUCCCGGUUCCACCGUCCCGACCAGCAGAACAGACAGCGCACACACACCCCCCACACCGCCCACACCACCCACACCACACACACUGAACACACACUCCUCUGGCACCAGGAGCUCCGUGCUGCACUUCCACAGGCCUGAAAAUGGUUCCAACAUCUAUAAGAAGCCUCCGAACUACAAACAAGACGUGUCGUCCUCUGUCGUCCCUCAGGGGAAACAGAUUGAGGAUCUGAUCAUCGAGUCGUCAAAGUUUCCAGCAGCUCAACCUCCAGACCCCAACCUGCCGUCCAAGAUCGAGACCGACUACUGGCCCUGCCCCCCCUCCAUGGCUGUGAUAGAGAAGGAGUGGAGGAGGAAGGAGCAGAGGGAUGAAGAUGAAGAGGAGGAUGAGGAGCAGGAUGAUGAACUGGGGGGACUCAGAAUUCUUCAGAAACAAGAACUCAACAAGAUUCAGUCUAAUCUUGGUAAAAUCAUCCUAAAGGAGGAGCUGGACAAAUCUUCAACUCCUCUGAGGAGGAAAACUCGCUCCCUGCCGGACCGCAGCCAAAACACUGGGUCAAACGCCUCCAGGUCGGCUUGUUCCCCAGACGCCUCUAAGGCCGGCCUCUCCAGGCUUCAGUCCACAGAGUUCAGCUCCUCCCACAAACCUCCUGCAGAACGGAGACUCCAGGAUGGACAGAGGGAACUCUCUCCCCAGCAUGUUGGAGCAGCAGGUCUACCCGUACGAGACGCUGGUGGUGACUCAGCGAGGACGAAGCAAACCGCCUCCUGGUGUGGACAGAACCAGACUGGAGCGCCACCUCUCUCAGGAGGAGUUCUUCAGUGUCUUCGGGAUGUCCAUCGACGACUUCGACUGCCUGUCUCUGUGGAAGAGGAACGACAUGAAGAAGAAGUUCUGUCUCUUCUGACUGUGGCCAGGACUCCAUCUCCCACAAUCCCCUGCAUCUCCUGGGAUCCCUGAUAGGAAACCACGCUCUCUGAACAGAACGUCACUGUCAUCAUCACUGAGGCCAUCAUCGUCAUCAUCAUCAUCAUCAUCAUCAUCAUCAUCAUCAUCAUCAUCA